AUAAUUCAACUGGAAAAGCAAAACACAAACAUGCUUAAAAUUCUUUCUUAAUUAGCGUGAGCGUGUCUGCAAACCUUGUCUGUUAAGAAAAAUUCUUGGUAACUUUUCCAGGUCAACACCUGGGCAUCCAUUCACAGCUAAUAUAAUUGAUUGGAUCUGGUCAAAGUUAAAGGGCCGUUUAUUUGUUUCAUUCAUAUAGAGAAAAGUGCUUUCCUUUUCAUUCCUUUUCGCUAGGUUUUCAGAACUUUUUUAUGUUGAAGUUUGAGUUUUUACUUCAUUUGGGUUGUGGUAAUUUGCGAAGCUCCUUUUGAAGAAUUUUUGGGUUGGUUCUCUUUUGUGGGUUUAUCUUUAAAAGUGAUUUGAUUCCUUGUAUUGGCGUAUUUGGGCAAAGUAAAUUCUGGGUUUUGUUUGGUUUGGUUUGCUGAGUUUGAUUGCAGCUUCAACUUUUCAUUGAUUUUUUUUUUUCUGGGUGAUAUCUGAAAUAUUGUACAUACCUGUUGUCAGUUGGUAUAUUUCAGGGGUCUGUUGAUUAAAACUUGAACUGAGUUGGUGGCGGAUGUUCUAAAGCUGAAGCUUUUAUGGUGGAUUUUUGGGUUAUGAAGGUAUUUUAUGAGGCUUUUGCUUGCUUCGUAGGGUUUAGGUCUUGAUGAAAUGAAAAGGACUGUUUAUGAUUGUAAUGAUAAAUCAAGAUCAAAUGGGUGUGAUGAGAGUAAGUUAUUUCAUUUUUAUGAUAACUCUACUUUGUGGAUCAUUAAUGGUCGCUUCAGAAUUCAUGACCACCAGCGAGGAAAUGUUCCUCAGCAGAUUGGUCAAUCCGGAGACUGGAGAGGUAGACAAUGACAUGGCUGAGCUACUAUGGAUCAGUUGUAGAGACGACUUGAUCCACUUGGAGGGAGUUGUUGAAGAUCCUAACUUAUGCCUUUCAGAAGAAACUCCUGGUGGCAUCAAUGAAAUCAAGUCAACAAGUCAGUCGUUGGCAAGAGGGAACGUUCAGAAAUUGGAUAAUGUGCUGCAUCCCUGCUUGAAGCAAACUCUUCUGCAAUGUUUAAGAAAGAACAGUCUGUUGUUUCAUGUUAGUAGCGAAGGUGGCUCUUGGCUCACCAGGUAUCUUGAGUUCCUGCUUCCAAGGUUUGGUGCUCCUAGGCAGAAAUUGGGCCAUCAAUCACGACGGAGAAUUAUUGAAAUACCUGCCCCUGCUCCUGGUCCCAUUCCAUCACGAGUUUCUGAACCUUCACCUCCUCCUUCAUCUUCACCUAAGCCAUUUUUCCCAGUUUAUUCUAGUCCACCACCCGUAGUUGAUGAAAGCUCCUCUACAAAUUCUAGUUCUGGAGGCAAUGUAAAUGUAGAUAAAAAAAGUAAUAACCGUGUCACUAUUAUUGUCGCUGUAGUUGUGACAGCAGCAGUGACAUUUUUUCUUGCAGCAUUGCUCUUUUUCUGCUGUCGUAGGUUAAGGAAUGGUGGAGAUAGAUGGAACGAUGAGAGGCCCCUUCUCAGUGUAAGCAUGAGCAACUACACUGUGGGUCCAGGAAAUUCAGUUAAAGAAGAGAAGCUUAGUCAUCAAUCACUGGAUGGAAAAUUUGCAGCAUUAGAAGCUAUUGGUGCUGCUACCAAAUAUUCUGAUGAUUCUCUGGACACAUCUUGCAACAUAAAUGGACAGGUGUUACCACCUUUGAAGCCUUCCCCUGGAAGGACUGAUGCCACCCAUCUGGGAAUGCCUCCCCUGAAGCCGCCUCCCGGCAGGGCAGAACCUCUCCCUCCAGAACCGCCUGCUUCUCUGAGACCUACUGCUCCUUUAAAUUCUCCACCUCCUGCCCCUAAACCACCACCUCCUCCACCACCGAUGGCUCCUAUUGUGAGACCAGGUCCACCACCUCCUCCACAACCACCUAUGGCUCCCAGUGUGAGACCAGGCCCACCACCUCCUCCACUCCCUAUGGCUCAUGGUGCGAAGCCAGGUGUACCACUACCUCCAAUUCCACAAGGUGCUCCUGCUCCUCCUCGACCACCACCACCGAUGCCAACGGGUUUAAAGGCCCCUCGGCCACCUCUUGGAUCAAAACAUCCAUCUUCCAGUGAAGGAUCUGGCACGAAGGGUGAUAGUGAUGCUCCUAAAGCCAAGUUGAAGCCAUUUUUCUGGGAUAAAGUUCUAGCCAAUCCAGACAAUUCAAUGGUUUGGCAUCAGAUUAAAUCAGGAUCAUUCCAGUUCAAUGAGGAGAUGAUAGAAACUUUGUUUGGAUAUGCGCCCAAUGAUAAAAUGAAAGAUGAAGGCAAGAGAGAGUCCUCUUCCUUGGAUCAGGCAUCCCUGUCUAUUCAGAUCAUUGAUCCCAAAAAGGCUCAAAACUUAGCAAUUGUGCUGCGGGCAUUAAAUGUGACAACGGAAGAAGUACAUGAUGCACUUCUUGAAGGGAAUGAACUUCCUGUGGAACUUCUUCAAACUUUGUUAAAGAUGGCACCAACAGCAGAUGAAGAGCUGAAGCUUAGGUUGUACAGUGGUGAACUUUCUCAACUUGGUCCUGCUGAGCGGUUUCUUAAAGCCUUGGUUGACAUUCCAUAUGGUUUUAAACGAAUGGAAGCACUACUUUUCAUGUGUUCACUUCAAGAGGAAGUUAUGACUAUGAAGGAGUCCUUUGAAACUCUGGAGGUUGCUUGUAAGGAACUCCGAAACAGCCGACUAUUCCUGAAGCUUCUAGAGGCUGUUCUUAAAACUGGCAAUCGCAUGAAUGACGGGACUUUCCGUGGUGGUGCACAAGCUUUCAAACUCGAUACACUUUUGAAAUUAUCAGACGUAAAAGGAGUAGAUGGCAAGACCACAUUAUUGCAUUUUGUUGUUCAGGAAAUAAUCCGUUCUGAAGGUAUCAAAGCUGCUCAUGCAGCAAGCUCCAACAAUUUCAAAACAGAUGGUCUUCAAGAAAUUUUGUAUGAUGAUGAAGUGCGCUACCGCAGCCUUGGGCUUCAGGCAGUUUCAAAUUUGAGCAGUGAACUUGAAAAUGUGAAGAAAGCUGCAGCUAUAGAUGCUGACAACUUAACAGGAACUGUAGCUACACUUGGUCAGUCACUAAUAAAAUCCCGAGAAUUCCUGAACACAGACAUGAAGAAUUCAGAGGAAAUUAGUGGAUUCCAUGAAACAUUAAAAAGCUUUGUUCGGAAUGCAGAGGUCGAUGUCAUGUGGUUGUUGGAGGAAGAAAAGAGAAUCAUGAACCUGGUGAAGAGCACUGGUGAUUAUUUCCAUGGGAAAGCAGGGAAGGAUGAGGGCCUUCGAUUGUUUGUCAUAGUAAGGGACUUUUUGAUCAUUUUAGAUAAGGCAUGUAAAGAGGUGGGUGAGGCACAAAAGAUAUCUGUGAAAACACUCAAAAAAGAGGGAUAUAUCGGAUCAUCUUCCUCUGAUCCCCGCCAGCAACCCUCUCCGGAUCUUCACCAGCGGCUAUUCCCAGCAAUUGCGGAGCGACGCAAGAAUGAUUCUAGUUCAGAUGAAGAGGAAUAAUUUUCUUCCGGGAGGUCACUGUCACGAUGAAGUUUGACAAAUGAUGAAUGCUACCCCAGACCCAUCAGGGAAUUUCAUCUGCUUUGGUUCAAAAGAAUUCAUGUAACAGGCUCAGUUGAAAGGGGAUCGAUCAAGCCUAUGACAAAUUCUUGAACUUCUCUCACAGAGUUGAAAUGUCGUGACAACAGAAACAAGAAAGAUGAAUUCCCGAGUGUAGACUCAUGGUUUUUACCCGGAGUAGUGGUUAAUACAGUCUUAACUUGUGCAUUAGUAGUUAGAUAUAGUAAGAUUCUUUUUUUUUAUAUGUAAUUCUUUUUGUAGAAGAUUUAUGUUAAUAUUAGGAAGAUAAUUCUGAAACUAGGUUUGCCUUUGAAUGAAAUUUUGAAGAAAGGAUUAUUUCCA